AUGCUGCAACGAGACGCAGUAAUCAAUGUUGAUCCACCUGAGACAAGGCCCAUUCCGUUAGUCCUUGCCUUCAAUGACCUCACCUAUAACGUCACACUUAAACGGCGUUUUGGUCUUCGUUCUCGACGUAGCCCUUCUCAAGUAAAGACUCUGCUCAACGGUAUCACCGGAGAGACCAAAGAAGGAGAGAUCUUAGCCAUUCUUGGAGCAAGCGGCUCUGGAAAAUCAACCCUUAUCGAUGCAUUGGCUGGACGGAUCUCAGAAGGUAGCUUGAAAGGCACGGUAACUCUAAACGGUGAAGCUUUGCAGUCACGUGUGUUACAAGUUAUAUCUGCUUAUGUGAUGCAAGACGAUCUCCUUUUCCCUAUGCUCACCGUCCAAGAAACCCUAAUGUUUGCCGCCGAGUUUCGCCUUCCAAGAAGCCUACCUAAAUCUAAGAAGAGAGACAGAGUUGAAACCCUAAUCGACCAGUUAGGGCUAAGAACUGUUAAAAACACUAUGAUCGGAGAUGAAGGCCAUCGUGGCGUCUCUGGUGGAGAGAGGAGGCGUGUAUCGAUUGGCACCGACAUCAUUCACGACCCUAUCGUGUUGUUCCUCGACGAACCAACGUCAGGACUAGACUCAACUAGUGCUUUCAUGGUGGUGCAAGUCUUGAAAAAGAUUGCGUGUAGUGGAAGCAUUGUAGUUAUGUCAAUUCAUCAGCCUAGUUGUCGGAUUAUGGAGCUUCUUGAUCGGCUCCUUGUCUUAUCUUCCGGCCAGUGUGUGUUCAGUGACUCUCCUGUUACUCUCCCCUUGUUCUUCUCGGAGUUUGGUAGUCCCAUACCGGAUAAAGAGAACAAUGCUGAGUUCAUACUAGACCUAAUCAAAGACCUUGAAGGAACCUCUGAAGGAGCCAGAAGGUUAGUAGAAUUCAACCGAAAUUGGCAAGAAAAGAAGCUUAGAGCUAUCCAAGAGCCUCACCACAACUCACCAUCCCUGAGAGAAACCAUCAAUGCAAGCAUUACUAGAGGCAAGCUUGUCACAACUUCAUAUAACUCAAUAACUUCAUACGUAAACCCAUGGUGGGUCGAAACCCUUAUCUUAGCUAAACGUUACAUGAUAAACUGGACUAGAACACCUGAGCUUAUCGGUACACGGGUGUUCAUAGUCAUGAUGACUGGUUUUCUCUUGGCUACGGUUUACUGGAGAGUAGAUGACUCACCAAGAGGUGUCCAAGAGAGGCUAAGCUUCUUCUCAUUUGCAAUGGCUACAAUGUUCUAUAGUUGCGCUGAUGGACUACCAGCUUUCAUCCAAGAAAGAUACAUUUUCAUGAGAGAAACUGCACACAACGCUUACCGAAGAUCCUCUUAUGUUAUAUCUCACUCUCUAGUGACUCUGCCUCAUCUCUUCGCACUCUCCAUUGGUUUUGCAGCCACCACGUUCUGGUUCGUUGGUCUAAACGGCGGUUUAGCUGGUUUCAUCUACUAUCUUCUCAUAAUAUUUGCAUCUUUCUGGUCAGGAUGUUCUUUUGUUACAUUUGUCUCUGGGGUGAUACCUAAUGUGAUGAUGAGUUACAUGGUCACGUUUGGUUAUCUCUCUUACUGUCUUCUCUUCAGUGGGUUCUACAUCAACAGAGAUAGGAUCCAUCUUUAUUGGAUAUGGAUUCAUUACAUUUCUCUUCUAAAGUAUCCUUAUGAAGCUGUUCUACACAAUGAGUUUGAUGAUCCCUCUCGUUGUUUUGUGAGAGGGAACCAAGUUUUUGAUAAUACGUUCAUGGAAGGAGUGCCUGAAGAUUCGAAGGUGAAGCUUUUGGAGAUGAUGGGAAGUUUUUUAGGGAUGGAGUUAGAUGAAUCAACGUGUUUGAGGACAGGCUCUGAGUUGCUUAAGCAACACGGUAUUGAGCAGUUGGAUAAAUGGGGUUGCUUGUGGGUUACGUUAGCUUGGGGAUUCUUUUUUAGGAUCUUGUUUUAUUUGUCGUUGUCAUUUGGAAGCAAGAAUAAGAGGGCGUGA